AGACCCGCUUCUUCUAUUAGAGUUUCGGUAAGUUAUUGGAAAAUUUCUAAAGGGCACAAGGACGACAACCUCUCAGAUUAAUUCAAAGACAGUUAUGAAUUUGGAGCAAGACCGGCCAUUCGUUUGCAAUGCUCCAGGUUGUGCACAGAGAUUUCCAACUGAGGAUCACCUCAUGAUUCACAGGCAUAAACAUGAAAUGACUUUGAAGUUUCCAGCAAUAAAAACAGACAAUAUUUUAUCAGAUCAGACUCCCACUCCUACUCGAUUUCUGAAGAACUGUGAAGAAGUUGGACUCUUUAAUGAACUUGCGUGUUCCUUAGAACAGGAGUUUAGGAAAGCACAGGAAGAAGAAGACAAUAAAAGGACUUCAGUGGGUUUGAACAUUUCCAAUCUUACUGAGGUACAGGGCAAAGAGGCACCAAUUACUGAUAGUCCAACACAAGCAUCAACUCUAUCCCGGACAGUCUCUGCAACCCGACCUGAUAAGAACUUAUCAGUGCAAGGGCCUAUGUCAGGACCAGCACCUCAUCAGCUUGCCUCCACUAGGAUGUCAAAUCAUGACAGCGGUGUAGUAAUUCAGCAAGCCAUGCCUUCGCCAACUUCCAGUUCAGUCAUCACACAAGCACCUUCUACCAACAGGCAAAUUGGGCCUGUCCCAGGGUCUCUAUCGUCAUUACUGCAUCUCCACAAUAGACAAAGGCAGCCCAUGCCAGGGUCCAUGCCUGGCAACCUCCCCAAUUCCACAAUGCCAGUAUCUUCUGCAGUAUUGAUGCCUAUGGAUAGGCAAUUAUCCAUGAGUUCUAAUAUCAUGGGAAUGCCAGGCCCUUCUCUAAAUAAUCCGUGCACUCCUUCUCAAGUCCAACAAAUGCACUCAGAAGCCAAAAUGAGGCUUAAAGCAGCACUGAGUCAGCACCCUACGGCUCUGUCAAAUGGAAAUAUGAACAUGAUGGGUCAAGUAAUGGAGAUGAUGACAUCCAGGCAGGAGCAGGCACCACAGCCACACCAUCACAUGCACUCACAUCAGCACCAGCCUCCCCCUCACCAUCCUUUCACACAUCAGCAGCAGCCGCACCCACAUCAGCAUCAUCCUCACCAUCACCAGCAAAAUCACCCCCAUUCUCAUCCACACCUACACACACACCCCCCACAACACCAGACCCCUCCACUGCAACCUCUACCCACAGGAGCACAAAGUCAGGUUUCACCUGGAGCACAACAGAUGCAGUCUCCACAGUCAGGGCACCCAACUCCAACCAGUGGAGGCCGUAGGAGAAGGGUUGUAGAUGAAGAUCCUGAUGAAAGACGGAGGAAAUUUCUGGAAAGAAAUCGUGCAGCUGCAACACGCUGUAGACAGAAAAGAAAAGUGUGGGUGUUGUCACUGGAAAAGAAAGCAGAGGAACUCACACAAACCAAUAUGCAACUUCAGAAUGAGGUCUCCCUCUUGAAGAAUGAGGUGGCACAGCUGAAGCAACUGUUGUUGACACAUAAAGACUGUCCAAUCACAACAAUGCAAGAGGAAUCACAAAGCUACCUAAGUCCUGAGAACAGUCAGCCAGGAAGUCCUAUCCCAGCUUGCUCUCAACAACAAGUCAUACAGCACAAUUCAAUUAGCACUUCGACUGCUGUCAAUGAGGUUGUAGGAAGCUCCACCCUCACCCAGCUGGCCAAUCAGAGAACAGACCUGAACCCUAUCCUCUAAAUACUGUCUUCCAUCAGGAGUGCACUGGCAGAGGAAAAAUAAUCUUCCACUCCGUUCAGGACUUUUGGAACAUCAACAUAACCCUGGAAUUAGAUACACUUCUGAAAAAAAAGACAAUUGCUUUUCAUUUUAAUAGUUAUCAAAAAGCUAAAAUUUUUUUUACUUUAGUUAUGAAAAAGGGAAAUAUGCAAUUAAUGUGCUAAUAGCUUGGGAAUGCUUUAAUGCUUUUCUCAUAACUUGCUGGUACCAAUUUGAAGGUUCUGCUAAGAAUUUUUGAACUUUCUGAAUUUUAUUACAAUAUAUUUGUAUAUAGUCUCCAUCUAUUAUCACCGGCAAGAUCUAGGUAUUUAACAUGACCUGCAAAUUAACAACUAAAUUGAGGCACCAAACAGUAUGGCCAUCACUAAAGGGAAGCCUCCAACCUAUACUAUAGACAUAUCACAUAAUGCAGCCUCUAUUUCUCAAAAUUGUUUAUUUGCACUGAAAAUCAAACUUUAUGAAUUGAGAUUAAAGAAGAGUUAAUACGAUCAGCACAACAUAUUGAAAUUUACAUUAUUUCAAUUUGAGAAACAAGAUGUCAUUUGAACUCUCAUCUCAAUAUCAGCCAUUAUGAUGAAUAUAUUGUAGGUUGUAUUUUUCAUGGUGUGUAUCACAUCUUAAGAAUCUAUCUUUCUGUCACACUUCCUCUGUUUGUAUGAGUUUUUGGUUAUCUACUCUUAGACCAUCUUUUAAGAUUCACAAUAAGAAUGAUCUACUAAACAUGUCCACAUUGUAUUGAGAUACUUAUAUUGACACAAGGUUGUGACAUCAGUCGUAUAAAUCAUACAUUCAGGCUACAACAGCAGUAUUCACACUAACACUAGUUCAUCUGAGCAAAAUCUGUUACCUAAAUAUGAUCCUGGUAUGUACUGUGGUAAGAGAAAGGGGAAAGGUACUCCCAGUUAUGUUGUUUCUCUGCUUUUCUUUCAAACUGAAAAACUAUAUACAAAGGCAACUAGUUAUAAUUUCCCUUGAGAAACAGAUAUCCCUAUUUAUUCGAAGCAGCAAGAAACAAUUGAAAAUAGUUAUAAUGUCUUAAAAAUACUAUUACUGUGUGAGACUAAAGCCUGGUAAUUAAGAAUUUUAAAAGUAAUUUGUGCAUGUUGGCAUUUUAAUAAUAGUUGAAACAGUGAGGACAGACAAGAUUUCAAUAAUUUGUAUGGCUCAGUGAGUGGACUGUAAAAUGCACCUUCAAUUCCUUUGUCAUUCAUUAAUGAAGGCCACAGCUUAAUAUUCCAGCCUGCUGAUGUUUAAUUUACCUUGGUAGCCUCAGUAAUAGUAGGUUCUGUCACUUGUAGGCUGGAAUCACCUUCCAUUGCCUAAUCCAGAGCAACAUUGUAAGUGUGUUAGUAAAGCCUAUUUUAGAAACUGUUGUGAUGUGGACCAAUUAUAACACAAAACUGAAGGAAUGGUGGCUGAUUCUGCAGUCUGGAUCUCCAAACAAUGAACUGCAUUGGCAGGCAGUGCAGUUCAGAAAAUUGUGGGUCUACAGCUCUGAGCUGUGGUUGUGUAAUUUCCUUACUUGCACUUCCUGUGAAUGCCACUUCUUGCUGGGAAUCCCCAAUCAUAGGGGUUAAUUUUAACCAGAGUAGGUGGGCAAGAAGAAGGGCAGUUAGUGACUGGCCUAAGUUUCACACCAAGAGUAUUUUAACUCCCGUGCCUCACUUAAAUGCCAGUUGUCCACUUGCUGCAGAGUUCACUGAGUGCCUCAUCCACUGCCAAAACUGGCAGUCAAAGUCAGAUACUGGAGGGAACAGUGCUUGAAAUGGAACUGCACCAUUUUAAAUUCUCACUUGCUCCAUUCCCACAAAACAAAGAAAGUUAAAACUUCUCCCAUGGAAUCAGUCCUAGUCUUCCUUCUAUAACAUUUUGAUGAGAGCACUAUGUCUCUUGGGGUAUGCAAAAGAGCUCUUUAGCCUUUUUCUGUUGGCCUCCUUAUAUCACCAAAAUCUACCAUGCCAAGUAGUCAAAAAAGUCUGGAAAGUUAAAAUCUAGCUACAAAAUUGUAUUCUUGACUCUUCAGCUAAUUUACAGUAUAUAUUCAAAUAUAAGUAGUGUAUUAUCAAGAGAUUAAAAUAAAAUGUCCACUUCUUGGCAAUUGAAUUGACAUUGCAAACCAGGAGACUCACAUCAGCCCUUGAUGCAAAUUUCCACCCAUUCCCUACAGGGAAGAAAAAAGCUCCACACAUGCACUGAACUGGUAAUUUAAUACCAUCUGUCACAUGGAGUGAAUCAGGCUAAGCCUAAAUGCAAACCCGUUGGGAUUGGACUCAGUCUAAAUGAUCCUGAUCCAAACAUAAUGUAACCUCUUGGGGGAGGGGUGAGGUUUUAGUAUUAACCUAGUUUUAAUUUAAUAUAUUAGUCAGAAAUGUUGAAGCUCUGAAGCACUGGAAAGUAACUACUCAAAGUACUAUAUGAUAUAAUCUUACUCUGAUAUUAAUUCUUUUUUAAAACAAACACUAAUGCUGUUAAAGAAUUUUGCAAACGGUCACACUGGAAUUGAUGCUCCCAAUCAGAUUAGUCAUCCUUAACUGGUUAAAUUAGACUUCUCUUUGGAGAAGAGGCAUUUUGAAAAGAUCACAACCAUUAUCACACUGAAGUGAAGGAUACAGGGAAUAUGUGACGGGAAUACCAUCUAUUUGAACAAUUCACUAGCCAAUGGAGAAAAGAAAAACAUAUUUUCACCAAUUAAUUAUUGACUAUGUUUUCAGAAUUUUUAAAGAAAAAGCGUGUAAAGAAAGCACGUGAUUAGCAAGCAGGCAACAGAGACAGGACAAGAUGUGUGGGACUGCUCAGUGCACACUUAGCAGUUGGCAAGAUUGCUAGAGCCAACCAGGGACAACAACAUAAUCUUCUAAAUGAGAAUUUGCCAUGUACAAGUUACAAAUAUUUCACACUGGAGCAAAAUCCACAGUGCUUAACUCUAGAUUGCUUGAGAUGCCUUUUAAAAGGGAGAGUCAAAUGUCAGCAGAAAUGCUUACAAUAGAAUCACAUAUCCACUUAUGACCCUAGAGGUUGUGUUUGGUCUUUAGCUUAUGUGUAAGCCUGAAACAUUUAUUGAAAGGCUGCUCUGCACCCUGAGCAGAUUGCUAUUUCAGUAUAAUGUAUGGAAUGAGAAAAGGUAAUUCGUUCUGUCAAGUCCUUUCCUUCCAUGGACCAUGAACAAUGCACUUUGACAGGGACUCUGGGCAGUUCCGUUAAGACUCCUAAGGAAAUGUUACAUGAAGUUUCACCCUGCUGUAACCCAAAAUACAAAUCAGUUAAAGCUAAAUAAUGGCCAAGAAAUUAGUCUGAGCCUAUUUUCGACAAAAGCAUAUUCAAGCUGUGAGGCCUGAUGUUCAAUGGAAAUUGGUGCUCGGGUCUCAUCAAUGUUUUCAGCAUAAGCUGCCAACACUGGCCACAAUUCCACAAGCAGAUUGCCUGAGGGAAAAUGUCAAUGCUUCAUAGGUAACAACCUUCAGUUAAGACCCCCAUAUCUGCCCCACCCAUUGACAAUUAAUUUCUUGAUAGGGUUCUUCAACCAGUGUUAGGCCCCUAAUUUAUAUUUUAAAUGAUCUAAGUCUGCUCUUUGAAAGCCACCUGGAUGCUUAAAACAAUGGUCCCACAAAUUUCUCAAUGCAUACUGAUUUCUACCCCAGUGUGUCUAAACCCACAGUGAAUGAAGGAUGGGUGUAUUAUAGCAUGAUGCCAAUUAUGGUUAUUUUGGUGAAUGCAUCAAUGAAUAUCAGCAUAGUUUUUAUGACUAGAUAUCAAUCAAGAGAUAUAACUUGUCUUCUAAAAUUGUAUGAACAAUUCUUUCCAUUUUUGAAGGCAAUCUCAGCCUAAACCACUUUAGAAAACCAUGCCCAAAUCCAUUCUGUGUAGCACACAAAAUCAUUGAGGAUAUUUGCAGCUGAUGUGAGUCAUGUCCCUCUUGAAAAAUCACAGCAUCAAGGAAAUGUUGUUCUCAAGGCCACUGAGUAAGCUUUCACUCAAAACAACUGGUGUUCCUGUGAAAGCAAUGUCAAAGACAAACAUGUAAGGAAAGGAGCUAAGGAAUCUACACUGAAAAUAGUUACCACCUACUGUUACCAUUCCCUUUAAUAUAAUUAGCAAAAUCAUUCUGUAGAUUGAUUAACGAUCUGUAAUCAUUACAAAAGUAUAACCCACUAGCAUUUCAGAAGAAAUCUUCAACAUUAGAAUAAACAUGUGUUAAAUUUAAGAGUGGUUCUAACUGUAACGUUUGCCAUUGAAUUUAUUUUGCUAUUGAUAACAUCUUGUCCUUGUUAAGUAUCAAAGCUGCAUUAAUUGGAUUUGACCCCAAGUAUGGUUGAUUCUUUGCAUCGCAUUACCUUCAAAAAUUGAACCAUUAUUCAUGUGGUAUAUUAGGCUAUAACAAAAUUUGCUUGCUUCCUUUUCCAAAUACUGCCUGGAGGAUUUGUGUCUAGGUUUCAAAAAACCUGUCAGUUUAAAAAGAAUGCAAAGAGAAAUCAUUUCUAUAUGUCUUGAGCAGCACUUUACUGAGUUGAACUUUUCCCCUGACAUUUUUCUAUUGUACUAUUUCUUUAAAUAAUUAAGCAUGUUUAACAAUUUCCCUGUUAGCUUCUUCAGUCUAGAUUAGCCGUGGUCCAUCGUUCUAAGUGUUACAUGUGACAAUUGUUCUUCUGAAUCUGUAACGGUUUUAAAUCUAAUGAAAGAGAAGGCAUGCAUUAUUGAUGUUUAAUAUUAUUGGACUAAUCGGUUUGGUAAUAAGCUAAGAGAAAGCGCAUACUGUGCUCAACUCUGACAUGCAUUGUAUUUGUGCACUUUGUUAGUUUCCUGUAUGAUAAUGAAUGAUGGACCUAUAACUUAGUCUUGCCCUACAAGGAUCUACAACUGAUACACUGGGCUUCAGUGGGGCCUUCAACCUACCUGAUUUUGGUUGCACUAAAAUACCCAAACUAAGUUGUACAGUAUUCAGCAAAAUUAGACUAUCUCAUGUACAUCCAUAUUACAGAAAGUGUUUAUACAGUGCUUCCCACUUAAUUACUGUUGUAUUAAUCUUUUACACUGCAUCAUUGUAACUACACAAGUUAACCCUGAACACAUUCCUUCAUCUGUAAAACUUAGUUUGUAGGGCUACAAUUAUAGAAUAAUUGUUUCCCUGCAAUUAUGGGUAUAACUCUAAAAAGAAAAGAUGGAACAGGAAUCAGAGGGAAUUCAUGCACUUUUGUUGCUGACAAAUGCUUUGUUUGAAGGUUACAUUUCUAAAAGCAAGCACAACCACAGACUAUAAUCAAUCUGAAAAGUAUGGACAAAAUAUAGUGGAUUCUAAUGAAACAGAGGCCACAUCAAGAACACACUUUAACUCUUUUGAUGCAAGAAUUGCUUUAGUUAUAAAUAUAAUUUUGUAGCAAUAUAUUGCAGCAUGGAACAAAUCAAUUUCUUAGAUACCUUAGUUUGAGUAUAAUCUACUUUGAAACAACCAAACCACAUUGUACUUUGUAGCACAGGUGUUGGCUAACAUAAAACAUCUUCUGUAGAAUCAUAUUUCACCUAGUUCAGAACAAAAUCUUGAAACUUAAGUGUGUAUUAAUUAAUAUCCAGUAAUAAUUGAUACAUCCCCAUUACUAAUACAGACUGCUCCUAAUAUUCAGAUGUAUCUAUGAUUAACUGUUCAUUAUGUCACCAGUAUUGGUUGGGAGUCUUCAUUAAUGUCUUCAUUAUUUUUUGAUAAACCAUCAGUUUAUGCAAAACAAACCAUGGAAUAUAAAUUGUGGACUGUGUCAUUCACUAUUGGGGACCAAAUAAAAAUUAGUCAAGGUUGGCACAGCUUAUGUUGAUAUUGUUACAAGGUGCUAUCUGAAUUUGUAAAGUGGUUAACAUUCCAGAGAAAAUUGAUUUAAAAUUUUGAGCUUGAAGUUUAACUGCGAGUUGUUGAGAAAACUAUUACUUGACAUUCUUGCUAACCUUCUAGAGCAAGAUUAGCCAUUUUCAUUUCAUUUUAACUAACGCCUAAUACCAGCCAUGAAAUGGAUCAGUUUCGAUCCAAGAGAAUUCUUGCUCUAAGUGCAAUGUUAAAAAUCUGAAUCACAUAUUUUGGAAUUUAUCAAGUUUUUGUAUUCUCAAAUAAAAGUUCUCUAAUGGGUUCCUUUAUUAUGGAAAGCAUUUCACUGAAAGCACUAUGAGCACAAUUAUGUUAGAUAAAGAUAUUUAGAAAUAGAAAGGGUGUUUUCUUUUUGUGUUGAACAAUCAUAAUCAGCUUUCCAUGUUUCCUUGGAAUAGUUAUUACUUGGGAAAAAUGUAUCAGUUUGGAGAAGUGAUAUAUUUUCUUUGCCGUUGGAAAAUUGGAAACAUUAUUAGAGGCAUGUGGGCACUUUAGGGAACAUAGAAGUUUCACCACACAGUUCGGUUUUUGAGAGACUUUCCUGAAAUUAUACAUAUAAAUUCCUCUAUCCCGCCAUUAAGGUAGUUAGACAAUUGCCACCACUGUUAAAAGUGCAGAUAGUAGGUAGUAUGAGAGCAGUGCAACUUCUUUCAUUUUUUGUUGUUAGUUUAAAUGGUGCCUCGCCUUUGUCAAAAAGCACUGUCAGAGGCGGACCACCCCACACUUGUAGCUCAGCUAAUUGGAAUCAAUGAUGUAUAAUAGCAAUGUGGUUUGAAAGGGAAAUCCAUCAAAACCUAAUUUCUCUGAAGUCAAGUCAAUGCACCUGAAUACACUUUAGAAAUCACAGAAUUAAAUAAGGCCAUGUGUUUGGAGUCCAAGUUGCAAAAUAAUAGUUUAAUCUCUCAGCACAUCAGCUAAUCAUGGAGACAGUGUUUCCCUCUUUUAACCCAUCUGGGAUAUAUUUUUGAAUACACAAAUGUGGAUCCACAUGCUUUUGAAGCUGCUUCCACUUUGUUGGAAUUCUCAUACUGUUUGUUCAACAAUUCAAUUCAACUACUUCAAACCUUACCCAAAACAACAUUGUGACAAAAUCCAUUCUGUCAAUGCCAGCAAAUUGCAUUCUGUCUCUUUAAGCUUUGGUACUCAUUGGUAUCACAGUGUGGACAACAUUCAUCUUGUAUCCUUCUGAAGAUGUUUGUUAACCACUUUCCUUGGUACAAGGAAUAAAUAUUUGGUACAUACUUG